AUGACGUCGGAUCCAUCAGAGGAAGCUAUCAUCAACUUCACCAGCUUCACAAACACAUCUAGAGAGCAGGCUAUUAGCUUUUUAAAGGCGAACGACCUCGACUCUAAUAAAGCCAUCAACGCCUACUUCGAAGACCCCACGGGCCCCCAUACACAGGUUUCAGGAUAUCCCAAUGAAACCGGUUCGUCGGCAUACCAAAUCGAACACUCCGAUGCCGUACCGGCCUCGCCUAACCUUGUCCCUCCCUCGCGGCCCCCGUCAACAACCAAUUUAAGAGAUGCAACACUGCCGCUUCCGCCGCCACCGUCGCAGUCACAAGAUACGAAACCAGCCCCGGGCAACAAUGGCUUGUCUUUGGCAGAACAGGAGGAGCAUCAGCUCCAGCAGGCGGUAGCAAUGUCCCUGAACCAGAACCUUGGGCAGCAGGAGACUGGCGUCACGAACACAGCCCAGAAAUUCGGUCGUGCGACGCGAGACAACUACGACGAGGGCGACUGGGCGAUGACCCUCUUCAACUCCAGCGCGCGCGAGCUUAUCAUCAGCCCGGAUCCAGUGGACCGCAAGAAACAGCCAGCCGAGCCCCCAUUCAUUCGACCGACACAAGACAGUCUACAUCUGAGCGGACUUCUAACAAUCCUUCACUCGAUACCACUAGCCCGCGAGGCUCUCCUGCUACGGAACAAGGCCCUUUCGAAUUAUGGACAAGAUGCGCAGUGGUGGAAUGGACAGCCGAUCAACCUCCCGAAGGUAGUAACCAUCCACGAAGCACAAGGCGGCGAUACUGAGUGGGAUGAUAUUCUACAUGAGAGCCAGAGGCUCGUCGCCUUUUUAGAUUCUACGACCCGGGCUUUUGGAAGUGCCGAUGCACUAGCUGGCCUGAAAGCCAUGGCAACCUACGAUUCAGAAAGCGGCGUCAGCAAAUUUUUGGAGUCGUGGCAGGAAUCAGCAGUCCGCGCGGACAAGGGCAACCCAUUGACGACAAUUUUCUCAUCGACGGCAUAUAAACGGCCGCCGAAAGAGCUUGACUCACCGACUGCAGGGGACGACGAGCCGAUUGACGAGUUUGACACGCCGAUUGAUAAGGAAUUCUUCACCUUGGAGCCAUACAUAGAGCCUGUCCAUGGCCAGACACUGUAUGAUGUCCUGGAUGCUACUAUGUGGUCCGACAGCCCGGGGGAAAGUCUCGACGAUGUGUGGCUGGAGCAUGUGGCGGAUGUCUUGACUAUCCGAUUAGACAGCGUUGAUUCGACAGCAAGAGCGGUAGAUGUGAAGGUUCCCGCCGUAUUCUAUCCGGACCGAUACCUUGCUAGUUGCAGGGAUAUUGCGCGUGAACAACGUUGCCAAAGACUUCAGGUCCGCGAGGAGGUUUACAAAUUGCGAACGCUCAUGGAUCGUAUUUCCACACCGCAAGGUUCAAACAGGGGGAUAACUUCACGGGAUAUUCUAGAGAAAGCGGCUGAUGCUGCUGCUGUCCUCUCUUCGCAAUCCUCAACGGAACCCGAGUCAACAACCAAAGAACCAGCUGCUAGCGUUGAACAGAUAGCUCGAGAGUUAAAGGUGAUCUCGCAAAAGAUAGAAGAUAAGCUAAAGGACCUGGAGAGCCGACAACAACAAGCCAUGGAAAGUCUCAGAAGUACAUCAAAAUACCUAACGGAGCCGCCAACCACGCCAGGCGAGCCUCCAGUCCACAAGUACACACUAAGAGGUGUCUGCACCGAGCCACAUGUGACUUAUGUUUUACGACGGAACCCCUCAUCCCCCGAAGACAACACCGAGUCCGAGCAACCCGACGAAUACCAAUGGUGGCGGCUCAGCUUUUCCGUCGAUGACGGCAAGUCUCGACAAGCACAAGCCGGUCACACCUCAGCUCCAAAGGACGCAGAUGUCAUCGGGUACACGGCGCGCAAAGUCCGAGAGGUCGAAGUCCUCCGGGCCGCGCGCGAAGAGUCCAGAGGCGUUCUACUCGUCUACGCGAACAGCAAUGCAAUGAACUUCAAGGAAGAGCCAGCUCCCACUACGCUUCAAAACUUCGUAAACGCGGACAAUGCAGCCUUUGCUAAAGAACUCCAAGAGUGGGAGAACAGCACAGCCACGAGGCAGCAAAACCAAACCACUGCCGGUGAUGAAUGGGACCACGCCACUGACUCUCGCCCGCCUUAUCCUUCACCAUCGACCCAACAGGUACCCACGGAAGGCAUACCCGCCAGCAAGGUCAAUGUCUUCGACUACCAAGUCGCUUCGUUUGAUGAUGACUCGGCGGCAGAGAGACAAGGACAGGGUCAGGGCCAGGAAAUGCAGGAGAGAGGUGGGAAACCUCUACUCGGUCAAGCUCAAGCUCAAGCCCAAGCUCAAUCUCAAUCUCAAUCUCAGAGUGUUCCGUCGGGAGGGAAAUCGGACCAUGCAGAAUGGUCUUAG